AUGGAACACACCUUUACUGAGUUGGCUGGGCUGCGGUACGCACCUGUUUGUACUCAGUUGGAAAAGCCCAUCCAGCCAUGUCGUGAUUUAUGUCUAUCUGCGAAAAAUGGUUGCGAAAGCCUCAUGAUAAAAUUUGGUUUUCGAUGGCCGGAGCAGCUCGAUUGUAAACACUUUCCAACUGAAGGCAUUUGCGUUGGAGAGAACAAGACUAGUACACCGCCACCAAACCGUUCUCACUCAUUGGUGAAUGAUUUGGAAUGCCCACUCACAAUGUCGGCAUCGAUGCGUUCGCACUUUUCUCUUCCACUGUCCAGUGGAGUACUUGAAGACUGCAGUUUGCCAUGUGCCGCCGAUAACCAGGUUCCGGUUUUCUUCGACAAGCGUCAUCGUCGUUACUUACGGUUUUGGACUGGUGGUUGGGCUGUGGCAUGUUGUGUUUGUGCGCUCUUCACGAUCACAACGUUUCUGGUUGAUCUCGCACGUUUUGCCUAUCCUGUCCGCCCCAUAUUGUAUAUGGCAAUGUGCUAUCUCAUGAUUUCUGUUGUUUACAUGAUCGGCGUCGUGGGAGAGGAUAGUUUCGCAUGUGGGCCUUAUGGCGGUACACCACAGUUACUCGUUGCCCAGGGUGGCGAAGGUACAGCGUGCAGUGCUUUGGCUGUGGCGCACUAUUACUUCACCAUAGCUAGUAGCGUUUGGUGGGUCGUGUUGUGUCUAGCAUGGUUUCUGGCCGCGAAUCGUAAGUGGGGCGCAGAAUCCAUCGCCGGCUUAGCCCCGUACCUACACGCGGCAUGUUGGGGUAUACCCGCACUUCUGUCGGUCAUAGUGUUAGUGACAAACUCAAUCGAUGGCGAUAUUUUUACCGUUAUUGGACUUUUUCUGCUCGCCUGCGGCAUUUGUUCCAUGAUGCGCAUUCGCACGUACAUUAAGUUGCAACAUGCAGAUGUGGAUAAAAAUAUACGAAAAUUAGAGAAAUUAAUGUUUAGGGUUAGCGGUUUUGCCGUCAUGUACGUGUUACCCACCGCAGCCAGCGCUGCCGUUCUGUGUUAUCAAGCGAUUCAAAUGCCACUUUGGAUAGACACUCUGUACACACUUCGAUGCCUUCAUCCCGAUCGUGUCAAGUUUGGUUUUUCGAUGCCACGAACGAGCUGCAGUCAGCGAAUGGAUGCUAUUUCUCCAGGACCGGAAUUAGUACUUAUAUUCAUAAAGUACCUCUGCCAACUGAUCGUAGGCAUCACAUGCGCUGUUUGGAUUUGUAGUGCGAAAACAGUGGCUAGCUAUCAGAAGGCAUAUGCCAGGAUCAUUCUUCAACGUGCUGCUGUGGCGACGGACGAGCAUUGA